UUACGUUUUCCCGUCAGUCUUUCAAACGGUGCCUGAGAGUUGCUGAGGCCAGAGCCAGCCAUGCAGGCUCUCCCAUUUGGAAAAAAUGAUGUCAGCUUUCAGAACCAGCUUUUUUAAAAAAUCUAAUAAAGUUAGGGAGGUCAUUUCAAAUGGAGCUUCCUCCAUUUGAUUUUUUUUAAAAAUUUCUUUUGCAUGAGGAUCUUUCAUUUCUCUGUUCUAAAAACUACCAACAAAACUAAGCACAGGAGGUAUUGCAUAAGCACCAACAAGGCAUUUGCCUGAUCUGCAUUUCUCAGUGCAUGAGAUCAGCUCCAAAUAUCUGAUCUGAGAAAGCUGCUGGUACACAACUGCUGUAACUGAUAGGAAUUACCUCUGUGAGUCAUCUCAUAGGAUGGUUCAGUGGCAAAUAUGAACAUUUGUCAACAACUCCUUGGGACACCAUGAGUUUGCUGGAAUCUGGACCACAGAACACUUGCAAUAGUGCUUUCUAAAUUUGAAUUUCAUUUAAAUGAAAGAAUAAUAGUCCUCUGGAUCAACUGUAGCGAUGGCUAGCAAAAGGAAAUCCACAACUCCCUGCAUGAUACCAGUAAAAACACUGGUGCUUCAGGAGACCGAGCAGGAUGCUGGCGAAGAUGAUCAUGAAGGAACACAACCAGAGGCUCCUGCAGAAGGACCAGCAGCGAGUGAUGCUGGGGCCAGCAGCAGCAACAACGGAGCUUUGUCCAACGGGCACCGCGGCAUUGCCGACGGCGACACUUACAUCUGCAAGCCUUGUGACUUUGGCUCUCAGGACCUUCACCAGUUCUUUGGGCACUUGGACUCUGAGCACCCAGACUUCAGCAAAGAGCCUGCAUUUGCCUGUGCUAGGUGCAGCUUCCUGGCCAACAGCCACGAAGGGCUCUCGCACCACAACGCUGAGUCGCACGCCGGUGAGACCGGCUUUGUCUGGAGGGUGGUGAAGCAGGACACUCGUACCACCGUGGAGCAAAGUCCCUGCGAGGCCACCAGCAGCCAUGACCUGCCAGGAGAGCUCCCUGAGGAAGGGGCAGACGGCCAGUCUGAAAUUAUCAUUACCAAAACCCCUAUCAUGAAGAUAAUGAAGGGGAAACCCGAGGCCAAAAAAAUUCACACGCUCAAGGAGAAUGUGUCGAGUCAGUUGGGCGGUGAGUCAGAGGUGAAGGAUGGAGAGCAUUCAUUCCCAAAUGGGUCGGUGCCAGUCAGCCAGCCCACUGCAAGUUCAUCAAAGUCAUCCCACAUAGUGAAUGGCUCUAUCAUAGGAAACGUGCCUGUUCUGCAGGCGGGGGUUGCACAACUUGUGUCUCUGCAGCAGCAGCCCCCGUUGCAUCAGCAGCUCCCUACAUCCAAGUCCCUUCCCAAGGUGAUGAUCCCACUGAGCAGCAUUCCCACAUACAAUGCUGCCAUGGACUCCAACAGCUUCCUGAAAAACUCUUUCAACAAGUUCCCCUACCCCACCAAGGCUGAGCUCUGCUACUUGACCGUGGUGACCAAGUACCCAGAAGAGCAGCUGAAGAUCUGGUUCACUGCCCAGAGGCUGAAGCAGGGCAUUAGCUGGUCACCAGAGGAGAUCGAAGAUGCCAGGAAGAAGAUGUUCAACACUGUUAUCCAGUCUGUGCCACAACCCACCAUUACAGUGCUGAACACGCCCCUGGUUGCAAAUCCUGGGACCGUUCCCCAUCUUAUCCAGGCAACUUUACCAGGCCACGUGGUGGGGCAGCCAGAGGGGACAGGGGGGCUGCUGGUCACGCAGCCCAUCAUGGCAAACGGGUUGAAGGGCACCAGCUCCUCUUUCACCUUGGCAGUGAGUUCUGUCCCCAAGCCACAGCCGGCAGGGCAGCACAGCACCGUGAGCUCCAGCAACACCUCCGGGGUCAAGGUGGUCAACAGCGGCCAGUCCCUGCUCACCGCCUGCCCUGCCAUCUCCUCGCAGACCUUCCUGGAUCCCAAUGUCUACAAAAACAAGAAGUCCCACGAGCAGCUCUCAGCCCUCAAAGGCAGCUUCUGCAGAAACCAGUUCCCUGGCCAGGCUGAGGUCGAGCGGCUGGCAAAGAUCACGGGCUUGUCCACCAAGGAGAUCCGAAAAUGGUUCAGCGACAGGAGGUACCACUACAGGAACGUGAGAGGCGGCCGGGCCGUCUUCCCUGGAGACAGUGCUCUUGAUUCCCUGCCUGAAAUCACCUUGGAUGUCCCACCCAGAGGAGCUGAGCUGAGUCCUGCGGCGAUGGCGGCUACGCCGGCCCCUCACCACCCAACACGGCGGCAGUCAUGGCACCAGGCACCUGACUUCACCCCGACCAAGUACAAGGAGCGAGCGCCGGAGCAGCUGAAGGCCCUGGAGAGCAGUUUUGCCCAAAAUCCCCUUCCUGCCGAGGAAGAGGUGAACCGCCUGAGGGGGGAGACGAAGAUGACACGGAGGGAGAUCGACAGCUGGUUCUCGGAGAGGAGGAAGAAGAAGGUGGCGGAGGAGAAUAAGAAAGUGGAGGAGGUGGCUCAACAGGAGGACGAGGAGGCAGAGAAUGGCGGCGGGGAAGGGGAAGACUCCUCGGAUGAGCAGAGGGCCACGAGUGAGAACGGCUCAGUCGACGCCUCCGGCAGCAACCCCAGCUCGGCGGAGCGGAAGGUGAGUCCCAUCAAAAUCAACCUGAAAAACCUGCGAGUGACCGAGUCCGACGGCAAAACCGAGGUACCGGGGACCGGCGCAAAUGAAAAGGGGGACGGCAGCUCCAGCCGGCCGCCCACCCCUCCCAAAACCAAACUGAACUUCAAAAAAACGGCCCAGCAGCGGCAUCUGCUGAAGCAAAUGUUCGUGCAGACCCAGCGCCCCACGAACCAGGAGUAUGAUGCCAUCGUGUCCCAGACGGGCCUGCCGCGGGCCGAGGUCAUUCGCUGGUUCGGGGACAGCCGCUAUGGCUACAAGAACGGGCAGCUGAAGUGGUAUGAGAACUACCGGCGGGGGCUCUUCCCCCCGGGGCUGGUGGAGGUCAGCCCCGCCGGCCGGGAGGUGCUCGAGGACUACUACGAGAAGCACAAGGGGCUGCGGGAGGAGGACGUGCCCGGCCUCUGCGAGCGCGCCCGCCUCGGCGCCCAGCAGCUCAAGAAACAGACUGAACUGAAGCCACCAGCCCCGGAGGACCCGCUCUUACCCUUGAGAAGAAAUUAGUGAUCUUUGAGAAACCCAUGGGCCGGCCUGACCCAAGCCUGAGGAGCAGACGUGGUGAUGAAGCACUGCCAUCCAUGAGACCUUUGGGCACAGCACAUGCACAAACUGGGCACUCUGUGCUGAGCUCUUGGUGGCCCAGCCAAGGAGGUGGCUGGGAGCUGGCAGGGGCUCAGCUCACACCCAGGAAAUAGGAUGCUCCUGUUUGCUUUCCAGUGACAGACUUUCAGAUUUCAUAUUCAUAUACCGAUGCCUACAGCUGCCUAUACAAGCAUAACAAAUCUCAGACAUUGUGUAAACAAGGUCAUUGCUUAGAUAUGGACUAUCAUGGCAUAGUACUUGUUUCUUUUUUCUUUGUAUUUUUUUUCAUCUGUCCAUUAAGGUGUUUGUUCUCUAAAGGUUGGCAUGGCUGCAUAUAUCCUCUCUGCCCUGGCAGUGAAUGGCUUUGUGGGCACACAGAUGUGAGUGUAUUACGAAAGGGAAAGGAUUUGAGAAGAAAACUGUCAAUCUUGAAUUUGGGCGAGAUUCUCUUCCCUCCAGAUGAGGUUAGAGUGAGCAUUGCAUACUCUGAUAAGCAGCAGGUUCCCAGACUGAAGCAGCCCAGGAGAUGGAGUUUGGUUUCAUUUGUCCCUUGCUGGCUAGAACACAUUCCCUGUGCUCCUGGAGCCUGACUGUAACAGGCUGUUAAAUCUCCAAGUCUCUCUUUAAUAUCUGAGAGCUAGCACAUAAUAAUUUUUGCAUCCUGACCUGGAAUCCUUUUCAUUGUUUGGAGAGAACAGUCUGUUCUUCCGAGAACAAAUGCAGAGAGUCACAGCGUGGCUGUGAGUGGUUCAAGUCAUUGUUGUCACCAAGGCAGCGGCUCUGCUGCCACCAGGAAGUUUCCUUCUUGCAGCCCUAUGUGGCAGAUCCUCCUGCAGCACUGCUGGUGAUUUCAAGUGUUUGUUCCAGUCCUUUUUGUUUUAAUUUUCUUUUUUUUCCCCCUUUUUUUUUUCCCCCAGGCCAUGUGCAAUAGUUCUGGAAAAAGAGCAAAAUAAAUUUCCCAGUUAUCCUGCCUGCUGCAUGGUACCUGUACAUUUUUAAUGUGUGUUGUCUUGUGUGGUUGCUGUGUGAUGCAACUGCUUGAACAUUUUUGCUUUAAAUAUUCUUUUCUAAUGGAAAACAAAGUCUAGAAGGGAAACUCUUGAGCUGAAUAGUCCAGCCAAAUGCUGUGUCAGAUCAUUCUGUCACAAACUAAUCAAAUCCCAACUACAAAUUGGUUCCAUGUUUUGCCUUCACUUUUGCUCUUGGAAGGCAAGUCCAGAAAUUGGCUGCCUUUGAGUGGUUAGAAACUGUAUUUAAAUUUCUAGUUUGAAUUAAUUUGUGGCUGGUACAUUCCUGGUUUGUUUUGGAGCCAACAUUGUCCCUUAACUUAAAUAGUUUUUGGUGUUUAUCUGCUGAUGUAUUUAUGGAGAGUAGUCAUAGCUCCCUAUUUUUUGUCAAGCCAACUCAGCCAAACUUUUUCAGUAGAAGGUUUUUAUUUAGUGAGAGCUUUUUAAUGUGGGAGACUUUAUUGUUGGUGGUAAAUGAUAUUUAUUAGGAGGGUGGGUAGCAAACCCCAAAGGGUCGGAUCCAGAGAUUUACAAAAAAAUCUGUUUUAAAAACAAAAAAGCUCUUUCAGAACCUCUUCCAAAGAUGGUGUCUGAUUUCUACCUUUAAUUGCCCUUGCUUUUGCAAUUCUUUCUUUGCCCCCUCUUCAAGAGGCCGCCCUGCUCAGCUGCAGGAAGGGGCUGUGGCUGCUCAGUGCUUUGGCAGAGGCUUCCCCUUGCCUGGUGGGAUGUGCUGGGUGCUUGUGCCUGAGCUCUCAGGGCUUCCCUGGUGUGACACCAUGGCCAAGUGUGACCAUCUGCUCCAGGCAGAGGUGACCUGCACCUCGCUGUAACAGGGCUGUGGAAUGCCACUGGCACUGUGCAUCCCACAGCCAGAGCAGCCAUCCCACCACGCUGUGAGCAGGGGUGGCACUGACCUGGAGCAGCCUGUGUGGCACCCUAAAUUUGCCUUUGGGAGCGCUGCUGAUGGUCAUGGCACAGUUGGAGGCAUGACCAGCAGCCAUCCCACCUUGACUGGUGAUGGCUCAGCUGGUGGCAUCCCCUCUUUAGGGACCGGGGACAGCUGCCCUGUGUGACAGCCCCAGGAGCUCACCCUCAUGGGUGCAAUCCUGUGCACCCCAAAAUAUCAGAGAGGGUGGCAGAAUCUGAGUGGUUCUAGAGCUGAAAGCAGAUGUGGGAGUUGUGCAGCCUGAGGAUAUGGAUGUAUGUACAGUGUCACCUUCAGAGAACAAAUACAGGUAGGUCAAUUUACUCUGUAGUGUCUGUGUACAUGCAGGUUUAUUUAACUACACAUAUAUACAGUUCAGAUAUGCCAUUGAUUCUUUAUUGCAUUAUGAUGUACAUUAAAAAUGUACACUUUUACUAACUACUUGCUAUAUAAAUAAGUUGGAAGUGUAGUUUGCCCAUUCAAGGUGAUUUUCUGUGGGAUUUUGGGUGUACACGUAAGGGCCUACGGCUGAUUGGAAGAGUGAUCCCCACUCCAUCUACAGGAAUGCUUAAGGACUAUGGUAUGAACUGGUCCCUUCAAACCAUGUUUUGAUGCACUAGCUGAAAUAUUUUGCACUUGGAUUGUAUUCAGCCAGUUUUCCAGAAAAAUUGAAAAGAAGUCUUGUGAGCUAGAGGGAGAAUUUCCCGGUGUACACAGAAAAACCAGCCUUGAGGGUUGGAAGCUGCUGAGGUUUUUGAGCUUUGUCUCCAUGCAUUCAUACAAGCACAGCAGGAGUUUUCUUUCUUUUGGGUCAGAGGAAUUUUUAAAAGUGGUUCCAUGCAGGCUCCUCUCGGACAUGGCAACGGGGCUGGCAAACGCCUGUGCGUGGGGAGGGUGAGGUUUAGAGACAAAAAAGAAAUCAAAACAUGAUCGAAUUCCCUCUCUAACUCCUACAUUCCUUGUUAUCUGCAUUUUUUUAGUUGACUUGAAAUCUCCAUAAAAGUAUAAGCUGAAGAUUUUUGAGGGUUUAGCACUGUGGUCUUCUGUUUGUCUGCUGAGGAGAAACAGGUGCCACCUCCAAACAGGCUCGGUUUUGGUGCAGGACAUUGGAAAAGUGUUUGCAUCUGAAACUGAAGAGAAAAAUUGAGAGGUGGCUUGACAGUCCCAACAGCAGCUCUUGUGGUGUUUAGAGGAAGUGUCACCACAAUUCUUCACAGUGUGUGAAUAUUUAUCAUCAUCUAAUCAAAGAUGACUGUCUUGACUUGAAAGGGGUGUAAGAUCGAGGUGAUGUAGCCAGCAUCAGUAAGGAAGGGAAAUGAAGUUCUCCACCUCCAUCCUCUGUGCCUGAGCUUGGGCUUGGCAGGCACAGCUGAAACCAUCAAUUUUAAUCCAUGUGAAUCUUGUUACUUAUGUCUCUGAGGCUGCUUAGAUUAAGGGCACAAUCCAAUUGCUUAAUAACCCGAAACCCUGAUUUGUGCUGGCCCUGCCUUGCUCAUGGGAAGGGCUGCUGGUUCUCCUGGUGCAAGGAACUGAGUUUCUUUAUUCAUUGAUGUCAGCAGCCCCUGCCUUGAGAUUGCUAGACAUUGUUCCAUGUUUCAUUUGGGUACCUUAUUUUUCAGCUCUGUAAUUAGCAUCCUUGAAUUUUUUUUCUUUGUUUUUUAGCAGAACACUGAACAAACAGUGAUCUACAGGUUCCUAUCUCCACUUGCCUGAGAGCUGAGUGAUGCUGCAGCGUGGUGGGAGGAUGGGCACAGGUGCUUGCAGGUACUUACUGUGAUUUCAUGUCCCCUCCCUGAGUUGGUCACCAGGAGAAGCCACCAACAAGAGCAGUAGCUGCUGGCAGAGAAACACUGUAGUCCUUAACCUGGUUGGAGGAUGCUCACCAGAGCUGGAAGAUGCCUGCUGGGUUAUUUUUGUCAUGUGUCCCCUGACAGCUGAAGAGAAGGAAGCUGUAGUAGGCUGGUUUUUCAUUUAGGGUUUGGGUAUUUAAUUUUUUUUUUUAAUUGGAAAGCAACAGAUUUUGGUCACGUGCAGAAGUGUUAUAUUGAUUUCCCUGCAGCCCCUCUCUUACAGAUAUAACAGAGGCAAACUGAUCACAAGCUUGCUCACUGGGAAUCAGAAGAAAAAAAUGAUUUUUGAACACUUGGGCACAAAUUACAAACAAAGUGAAUCGGGUGCUGCACAUUCCCAUUAGGGUGACAGUAUCCAAAAUGCUUGUAAAGGUCUUCUCCCUAUUGCCCAGAUCAUUUUGGCUUUGCUCUCUUCAAAUCAGUCAAGGUCCUGAUGUGAUUCAGCUCACCUGUAAAGCUCUGGUGUCACUUCUCAGCUGAUCCCAAAACCAGCAGGGUAAGUUUAGGCAACACCACACAUGGAGGGGAAUGAGGCAGUUGCAGGCUAUCCCUGUUCUUCUUUUUAUUGAGAAAUUUAGUUUCUGCUGUAUGUUUUACUGGCAGUGGUCUGUGCCAGGAAUGUUGGAUUAGCAUCAGAAAACUAAAGCAGAGCAAGGGAGCUCAGUUAUGUAAGCAGUGAUUUUUUUUUUUUUAAUUUUGGGUUUUCUUGUUAUGGCCCAAGUGCUCUGUUGGCUGACAUUUGGCAUAUUCUGCUGGCACAAUUAAAGCCCCUUUUUCCCUGUACUGAUGGAAGGUGGUGUUAGGAGGAUUCUUGCUUACUGGUGCUAGUGAAGGUUGGGCUAGGAAUCCAUGGCAUAGAAAAUUUCUAGCUAAAAUUGCACUUUCUCUCUGCCCCAUCUGGCUCGUGGUGGUGUUAUGGGUACGUGGCUGUGAUUCCCCUUGCACAUACUAACAUUGCACUAAAAGAGAGACUUUGGGAACAGCGUGUUGAUCACUUUGUUUCUCAGCAGACCACAAAGUCAGCCUAACGGGGUCUCUUUUUAUUUUUAUUUUAAUUAUUGUUAUUUAGAAAUCAUGCUGGUGCUGAAUGACCUGGAAUUUUUGCUUGGAUUUAUCCAAAGGAAAAUGUAACUGUAGCUGCAACGGGACCUUUCAUAAGGGUGGCCGGUGCAGUGAGGGAGCAGGGUGAGAGCUCUGCUGUGUAAAGCUGUCUUUGUACCAGGGAGCUGUGGGGGGUUCCAGGGGGGUUGUUACUUUGGAUUUUUUUUUUUUUUUUUUUUUCAAAGACCACAAUUUUAAAUGGUCACCUUGGCAAUCGUGUGAAACAGGAAAUAGUUUUUACUUUUGGUAAAGGUUUUAAAGAGGAAACAAAAAAAGAAGCUGCCUGUGAUUGUGGGCUGUAGCUAUUACUAGGGCUAGGGUAGCUUGUACGUGCUAUGGACUUUACCUGCUCUUAUUCUGAGGGCAAGAACUCCCUGUAGCAACAAUGCCACUUCUGAGAAGUGAACGGCAAGUUUCCCUUCCUUUUGUAUAUGUGGAUGUGAGGGUGGGCAAGGGGAAGAGCUUGCUUGUACAGUUUGUUGAAAUGAAACCAGACAUUUUUGGUUGUUCCUAAAUAAAGAGCGUAAAAAUCAAA